AUAAAGGAUUGGUUUUCGAUCCAUAUAAUCAGGUGCUAAAUCAAUUGAGAAGCCAGCUCUUGAAAGACACAUGGGUUAGGUUUUUGUUACCAAGGAAUUAUUACGAAACCUCCCCUCCCUUAAGACAUUCAGCUCUGUUGGAAACUGUGCCAAGGCGAAUUAAACCAUCGGGCCAAUUCAUUUCUACUACCGUUGCAUCUCAUAACGUUCAUUUACAGCACACUACAUGGACAGGGUUGGGAGAAUUGUUGUUAGAUACUUACGACGGAAUGAUGAGCGGUCUGAUUAAACUGGAAAGUGAUACACAUAUUUCUGUAACUAGUAGACGUAUUAUAAUUGAUUGGGAAAUCACAAAACCAUCAACAACAAUUGAUGUAAAUAAUACUGUUCAAAAACGGAAGAGGAAGGAAGUGCCAAUCGAUAAUAGCAUUAGUGAUAAAUCAAUAAACUUAAGAGUUAAUCGAAAAGUCUCAAAGAUAACAGACGAGAUUAACACUUUUAAUGUUCAACGCAGUAAAUCUGCUUCGGCGUUCACGGAGAAAAUAGAAUCAAUUAUUACAAAAUUAGAUCCGGAUUUUUGGCCUAAUGAUCAGUCAUCAAAUAUUGAUGAUCAAAUAGACAAGUUUUUAGAAUAUUUCACAAAGUCAUGGACCUUUCACAUUUCUCGUGAAGACCAUGGAGAUAUGAUAGAACAAGCAAUUAAUACGUCAAGGCCGAAAGCAACCUCGGAUCCACGUUUUUACCGGUUUACACCAAAUACAAAUCCUUACAUUCCAUCUUCAUAUUUUAUCGAUACUCCGGAAGCACAUUCAAUGUUAAUUACAUUUAUUGAAAAGAUGAAUGAUAUAAAUUCGGGAAUAUUGGAUUGUUUAUGUAUGUACGUUAUGCAUUUGUUCGGACAUUUUGUGCGUUCCGAUGAUGGAACUCUUAAAGCCUUAUGGCUUUACCGUUGGCCUGAUAGUUUGAAAGAAGUUAUGAGGGCGAUUCUUUCUAGAAUUGAUCUUCGCUUGUUAGAGAUGAUUGAAAAUUCUUGUACCAGUUGGGAUGAAAAAAGUGACUUAGUUGAGAUAAUGAUGAAUAAUAGCGAGGAUAACAUUUUUAUGCAGAUGAAGCAAAAGUCUGAGGUCAUUAUGGGUAUUUGCGAAUUCUUGUCGGACUCGCAAAUCACUAGCACUCGGACUACUUCACAUACCGGUCAACAAAACUCUAGCGAUAUUCAAGAAAUUCCUAUGACAUUGCAGUCUACAUUAGAUAUAUGUAAAAAGAGUCUUGUGUAUUCAUAUUGGAAUAUGCAAGACUUUGUGAACAAUGCUGGCCUUCGUGCGUUGGAGUCUGAGGUUGGUGACGAAUGGAAUCGUCAUUACAACAUGUGGAAAAAUUGGUCAUCUCAAUUGAAUGCUCGGUUAUGGUGGUGUAUCGCUCGAAUAGAAUUAUGGAAAGGAGAAUUAGACAAAUCUAUUGCGUCUUUCGAACAGUGUAAGCAAUACUACACUUUUGGUGAACAUAAAGAAGACAUCGUUAUAGUAAACUGCAGAGAUGAGUCACAAAGUGAAUGGACACGCACUGUUUCGCAUUUCACUGACUCUAUAAAAUUUUUGCAAAAUGCCGUGUCGGAUGUCAUCAGUCAAGACAGGGUCAUCCAUUUUUGGGCUACUAUUCAUUCGGCAAACGAAUCGCUCGCCGAAGUGAUCAGAUGCCUCUCAAUUAACAAUAAAUUCGUUGACUUGUCGCCGAAUGAUCAAAAAACUUUUAAACGAUGCCUUCAUGUACUGUACUCAACAGCUCUUGAAAUCCUUUUUCCUCGCAGCAUGGAGUUGGAAAGAGCGACAGCAGAAAUCAGUGAACCACUAAAUAUAUUAUGUGUUCGAACUUGGGUUUUGUUUUGUUACUUGCUACUACAAGACAUGCCAAAUUUGUUAGCAGACGACUUUGCUGAAUUUCUUGAGGCAGUGCAUGACCAACUUGGAGUACGUCACAUAUGCGGAAUUGAUAAUGGCAUAUUUCUGAAAUUUGCCCUCAAGACACUCACUGAAUUACACCCAUCGGAGUAUAGACAACAUGAGUAUCAAUGCUGUCACUGUCUAUAUAGAGUUUCCUUAAGCGUUGACACGACUCCACCGAAAAAUCAUAACACCCCCGCUGUUGACCUCGACCAUGAAACCGCCGAGUUAUUGUUCCGAGAAAUACGAAACUAUCUAAAUCAGAAAUCAGACAAGAUGUACAAAGCAUGGGCGAUCAAAAAUGAUGUCAAAGACACAUUAGACAAAAUAGCGAAUAUGUUUCCUCCUCCGCGUGAUGAUCGUUUUUCUAAAUGCAGUUGGAAAACUCGACAUUUUCUUGAAGACGACAUAAACUUUUACGAGGCAGUUCAAUAUAAAGAACAUAAUCAUGAUGUCAAAGAACUUGGUUCUGUCUCCAGUCGAGAUUCUGAUAGGGCCCUCUCAGACUUAUAUUAUUUUAGAGGCAAGAUUCUGUUAAAUCAGUUUAAGACACGAUCAAAAGCAAAUGUGAACAAAGCAGUUGAUAUGUUAGAAAAGGCGAUUGAACAAUUUACAUUUGAUCUUCGAAAUAAUCCACUGCGAUUUGCUUCGUGGUAUGCAUUGGGUACCUGCUAUGCCAAUUUGGCUGAUGAAAACCUUACGUGGAGUGCUGCAGAGAUUAAUUAUAAUCGAGCCGAAAUCGCAAAAUAUCAAAAGAAAUCUUUUCAAUGCUUUGCGAGAGCCUCCAAAGUGAUACAUUGGUUUUCAAACCAGCAAUUAACUACACCAGUCGAAGAGAUCCACUUUUGGCGAGAUUAUGGAUAUCAGGUGUAUGCAAUGAUGUCGGAACCAAUGUCAAUGGAAGCUUUUUCACUAAGUCCUUCUCAUGCAGAAACUUGGCGCAAGCCCGAUGAUGCACAAGCAUGUCAAUUUGCAGCUUAUUGCUUCGGCAAGGCAUUGGAACUUGAAUCCCAAUUAUUGAAACAAAGUGAUAUUGCAAAUAUUACUCCAGAAUAUACACCGAAUGAUACACCCAACGGGACCGAGCACAACACACCAUAUGGAACACCUGAAACUCCAACCAAUUCCUCAGUUUCAUCUGCAAAUGGCUCUGCAACUAUAGCACCUAUUGUCCGGGAUUGGAGAAUACCUUACAUGAUCGGUAAAUGCUACCAACGACUUCGGAAGAAUCCUGAGGUGGUAAUACAAUUAUAUAAACUAGCAGUAUCACGAACACCAGAGAGGUCAGGUAUUGCUGGUCAAGAGAAAAUUUUGGAUGCUGAAUACAAGUUGACAUCUUCACUGGCAAAAUAUUUAAUUACUAAUAAAAUCAAAGCAUCAUUUGUUGAACAAUCUAUUGGCCUUACCGAUGAUGAUAUGGCGCAUAUCGAUUAUACAAACGAGGGCUCUGUUUUUAAUAUACAAAAACCAGAAUAUCAGAGGGCAUAUCAUCUUAUAUGUACUAAAUUGGAAAGUAUAAGAAAAGCAGAUAAAAACAAGUGGCACCAUCGUCCAGUAUUUAGGCAUGCGUGGUUAAUUAACCACGUUGAGCAAAAACCAGAAGAAGCAAAAGCGUUACUGCAGAAUCUCUUCCAAUUAAAAGCUUCAUCUAAUAAAUCUGUUAUGAAUGUAUGGAAGCCGGAAUUUGAAAGAUCGACUAGAGAUAUUGCUACACUGAAGACGAUGGAUACUAAACUAUCUAAGGCAGUAAAUAUACUACUUAAAGAGAGUAUAAUUCGAGCAUGUAUGGCGAAUGCUUUUCAAUACGUAGAACAAACACGAAGUUUUUCAGAAAUGGAUAAUAACGAUCAAGAUGAUGUAGAAAAUGAAAAUUUAGAACGGUACGAGCCACUUUUGAUUAUUGAACAUAAUGAACAAUCAAAUGUUAUGUCAGUAGCUGCCCUUAUAACACAAGAUGACGAUUCCCCGAUGCAGUCGGGGAUUUUGCAAAAAACGGAUA